CAUGAGUUGAUAUCACAAAUUGCAAAUCAAAAACAAACAGCUCAGGAAGGGGGGAAAACUUUUCGACGAUCAUGAAAUGAAAUCUAAAGUUGUUCUAUAUUUGAUAACAGAAUACUCGAGAUUCAUUGAUAAACCUGAAAAAUAAUAUAGCUGGCAUUGGUGGGUACAUUACGAGUUGCAACGACGGCACAUACCAUUAUCGACAUUAAGGGCCAGCAUGAGUUUUAUUCCAACAGAGCACCAACAUAGGCGGUUCAAUCCACUGACGGGUCAAUGGAUUCUAGUGUGUCCUCACCGAAUGCUAAGGCCUUGGUCAGGCCAGCAAGAGUCACCGCAGAAAAAUGAUUUGCCAGAAUUCGAUCCCAGCAAUCCAUUGUGUCCGGGCGUUGUAAGACCCAAUGGGGUGAAAAAUCCUGACUAUGAGGAUACAUUUGUUUUUACCAAUGAUUUUCCAGCCUUAUUAGAAGAUAUACCUUCUCCACCGGAAAGUAAUGAUCCGCUUUUCCAAGCUGCCGCCGCCAAAGGUACUUGCCGUGUUAUGUGUUUCCACCCUAAAUCCAACCUGACGCUACCAUUAAUGACACCGAAUGAAAUUGAAGUAAUCAUCAGAGAAUGGAUAAAUCAAUUCAAUGAACUCAACUUAAAAUAUACGUGGGUGCAAAUAUUUGAAAACAAAGGUGCGUCUAUGGGUUGCUCCAAUCCUCACCCACAUUGCCAGAUAUGGGCCUGUUCAUUCCUACCUUCUGAGCCGUCACUUAAAGAUGCCAAUCUUAGAAAGUAUUACCAAAAAUAUAAAACGCCAAUGUUAAGCGAUUAUAUUACCAAAGAAAUAGAACGCAAAGAGCGCUUAGUCAUAGAUAACCCCGAUUGGCUGGUGGUAGUACCCUACUGGGCCUCCUGGCCUUUUGAAACCAUGAUCAUAUCUCGCAACAAAAACAAACGUCUUAAUGAUGUUAGCCCAGAGCAGCAGAAGAAUUUGGCUUUGGUCAUAAAGCAGCUGACAACGAAAUAUGACAAUUUAUUUAAAUGCUCUUUCCCAUACUCAAUGGGUUUCCAUGGUGCACCAACAGGCGAGAAGCUUGAACAAGACAAUGCACAUUGGACUUUACAUGCCAUCUAUUAUCCUCCAUUGUUAAGAUCGGCAACUGUAAGAAAAUUUAUGGUCGGUUUUGAGUUGUUGUGUCAGGCUCAACGAGAUUUAACGGCAGAACAGGCUGCCCAACGACUUAGGGAAUUGGAUGGCGAAAAUCACUAUUUAAACAAUGUUAGACCUACAUAAUUGAUAGUAAUUGUAAAAACUAUAUAAUGGAUGAUUGUGCAAGCUGCAUAUAUUGAUAAAUAAUAAAUUAUGACCAUUAUUAUAUAA